AGUCGGCACGUACGAGCGCUGUACGUUUCAUAACUUCAACAACCGGUACCAGCAUUAAUCACCAGGAUGGGGAAAGGAGGUAAAGCAUCCGAAAAUGGAACCUUACUUCCGGCUCCGAAAUAUGUAUCCAUGGAUGACGUGCGGGAGCAUAAUCAAAAGGGAGACAGCUGGUUGAUGAUUGAAGGAAAAGUUUAUGAUAUUAGCCGAUGGGGAAGUAAGCAUCCAGGAGGAGCAAAAAUCCUGAACCACUAUGCAGGGGAGGAUGCUACGGAUGCCUGGAAGUCCUUUCACAAUGACAAAGACUUUGUUAAGAAAUUUAUGAAAGCAUUGUAUGUUGGAGAUGUGAAGGAUAAGGAAGAGUCUGAACUCCAAGCUGACUUUCGUGCAUUGAGAAAACAUGUUGAAGAUAGUGAUUUACUGAAGACGAAACCAUGGUUCUUCUGCCUGCAUUUAGGACACAUAAUCCUUCUGGAGAUCUUGGCUUACUGCCUCAUGUCAUAUAUGGGGUCCACACUGACUUCUUUUGUACUUGGAGCAAUGAUCCUGGCUGUUGCACAGGCUCAGGCUGGCUGGUCCCAACAUGAUUAUGGUCACAUGUCUGUAUUCCCGAGUCACAAAAUCAACCACAUCUUCCAUCACUUUGUAAUUGGUCACUUGAAGGCUGCUUCCUCCCAUUGGUGGAAUUUCCGACACUUCCAGCACCAUGCUAAACCUAACGUGUUGAGGAAGGACCCCGAUGUUGAUGUAGCGUAUCUCUUCUUGCUGGGAGACUACGUCCCAAAGUCAUGGGCACAGAAGAAGAAAGGAUUCAUGCCAUACCAAUUACAGCACAGCUACUGGUUUUUAAUUGGACCCCCACUGCUUCUUCCCAUCUACUUCCACAUUGAGAACCUAAUGUUUGUCUUCAAGAGGAGAGAUUGGAUGGAUCUUGGAGUGACAAUUACAUUCUUCUUUCGCUGGUUUUAUAUUUUUGGUCCAAUCUUCGGUGGAUGGGGUGUAUUUGGCCUGUAUAUGUUUGUGAGGUUCUUGGAAAGUCACUGGUUUACCUGGGUGACUCAGAUGAGUCAUAUUCCAAUGAAGAUCGCCCAUGAUGAUAAAAUGGACUGGUUCUCUCUUCAACUAGCCACCACAUGUAAUGUGGAACCAGGUUAUUUCAAUGACUGGUUUACUGGGCACCUUAACUACCAAAUAGAGCACCAUCUGUUUCCCACCAUGCCAAGACACAAUCUACACAAGAUAGUGCCACACGUUCGAGCAAUCUGCAAAAAACACAACAUACCAUACCGGUGUAAAUCUUUGUAUGGGGCAUUUGCUGACAUCGUACACUCUUUAAAGAGAUCUGGUGAUAUUUGGUAUGAAGCCCGGUUUGAAGGUUAGAUAAUACUAACUCUAGGUACUGUGAUUCAAAGUCCCUCUCUGUCUUGGCUUGUACUAUCAGUUUUGUUUGUGAUAUUGCAUAAUUCAGACUUUUUACUGAAGACAAUGUUUCUACUGUUUACAGUGAGCAAUGAAGUGUUGACUUAAUGAAUUAUGAAUGUUUGGUCAGACUUAUAAAGUCUUCCAAUGAUGGAACAUGGCUUAUAAUCUUUUACAUUUGAAUUUUGAAAAAGGUUAGCCAAUCUGAACAGAAUUAACCCAUUGCAUUAAAAAGCUGAAACUGUGAUGUUUAUAUACUUUUUUUCUAUGAAAUAAGAGGUAAUUUAGGACCUUUCAAUAUUUUUCUAUUUCCAUGCAAAAUGUUCCUUUUUUGAAAAAUUGAGAGAGAUAAGCAAGAAUAACAUGCUGAAUCUACCUAGAUUAUCAGAAUACCUGCACAAUCUGUACACCUGUGUAUUGUGUAAUGUGUAAUAAAAAGUUUUAUCUAAGCAUCUGAUUUGACCAAUUCGGAAAAUUAUAAUAAACCAG